AUGGCACACCCACAACAGAUGUCUAUGCCCAUGCCUGAUAUGUCCAAUGCCAUCAUGGCACAGGAUGAGCUUGGCCGUCCAUUUAUUAUCGUUAGAGAUCAGUCCAACAAAACCAAGACUUCUGGUUUGGAGGCAUUGAAAUCGAAUAUUCAAGCAGCAAGGCAGGUGUCGGAUAUCUUGAGGACAUCACUUGGGCCAAGAGGUCUAGACAAAAUCUUGAUUUCUCCAGAUGGCGAUAUCAACAUCACAAAUGACGGUGCCACAAUUUUAUCCGAAAUGCAGAUUGAUAAUGAAAUUGCCAAGCUAUUAGUUGAACUAUCCAAAUCCCAAGAUGACGAAAUUGGUGACGGUACUACCGGUGUGGUAAUUCUAGCCGGCGCGUUGCUCGACCAGGCGUUGAAGUUGGUUGAAAUGGGUAUACAUCCAAUCAAGGUUGCGAACGGUUAUGAGAAAGCUUCAAAAAUUGUUUCCAGCCAUUUGGAUGAGAUUGCCGAUGAGAUCUUCAUCGACACAGAGCACCUUGAAAAUAACCUCUUGGAGUCGAGUGAUUUAUUCAAGGCUGCUAAAACUUCCCUAGGCUCUAAGAUUGUUAACAAAAAUCAUAACCAAUUUGCUAAAAUGGCAGUUGAAUCGGUCCUAAAAGUUGCAGAUUUGAAUAGAAAUGACGUUGAUUUUGAACUAAUUAAGCUUCAAGGAAAGUUAGGUGGUCCAAUCUCUAAUUCUAAAACAAUCAAUGGUGUGUGUAUAGAUAAAGAUUUCUCACAUCCUCAAAUGCCUAAGGUUGUCAACAAUGCCAAAAUUGCAAUUCUAUCGUGUCCAUUUGAACCACCAAAACCAAAGACAAAACAUAAGUUGGAAAUUUCUAACGUUGAUGAAUUCAAAUCUCUACAAAAAUACGAAUCAGAUAAAUUCACAGAAAUGAUUGAAUCAAUCAAGAAGUGCGGCGCUAAUUUGGUGAUUUGUCAAUGGGGGUUUGAUGAUGAAGCGAACUCCUUGUUACUAUCAAAUAACUUACCAGCUGUUAGAUGGGUGGGUGGAUCAGAUAUUGAGUCAAUUGCAAUUGCUACUAAAGGUAGUAUUGUUUCAAGGUUUGAAGACUUGACGCCUGAGAAGUUAGGAUAUGCAGACAAAGUUUACGAAGUUGAAUUCGGUACUACCAGAGACAAAAUGAUAAUUAUCGAAAAUGAGAAAUUGAUGAAAAAUAACACCCAGGUUAACACUGUGACUAAUUUAAUCAGGGGUUCUAAUAAGAUGAUUGUUGAUGAAGCCAUCAGGUCCUUACAUGAUUCUCUUUGUGUUGUUAGAAACUUGAUUAAGGACAACAAAAUAGUCUAUGGUGGUGGUGCAGUGGAGACAUCCUGUUCCUUAAAGAUUAUGGAAGAAGCAGAUAAGCAGAAAGGAAUUGACCAAUAUGCGUUUCGUGCCUUUUCUCAAGCCUUAGAUGUGAUUCCAAUGUCAUUAGCUGAAAAUUCAGGUUAUAAUCCGAUUGAGGAGUUGACAAAGUUGAAAGCGGCACAAGUCUCGCAAAAGAGCUCCAGGUUAGGUAUUGAUUGUCUUGGAAAUAAUACUAAUGACAUGAAGGACUUAUUUGUUAUCGAAACAUACCUUGGUAAGAAGCAACAACUUUUAUUAGCUACACAGUUAACUAGAAUGAUCCUUAAGAUUAAUAACGUUAUUGUUUCUGGUAAGGAUCAGUAUUAA